AUGACCAACUCCAAUAUGAAACCCCAGGCUGCGGCGCCUGCGCCUGUCUCACAAAAGCGAAAGAUUGUCAUCUUCUCAGACUUCGAUGGCACAAUCUUCAUGCAAGACACUGGUCACAUCCUCUUCGACAACCACGGCUGCGGUGCCGAAGCCCGCCAGAAACUUGAUGAACAGAUUAAAUCCGGCGAGCGGUCCUUCCGUGAAGCCUCCGAGGAAAUGUGGGGAUCCCUUCACAUUCCCUUCGAGGAUGGCUUCGUCGUUAUGGAAAAGACCCUCGAAAUCGACCCGGGCUUCCGCGAAUUCCACCAGUAUUGCAUCGACAACGGCUUCUCCUUCAACGUGAUCAGCGCCGGCCUCAAGCCCGUCCUGCGUCGCGUUCUAGACACUUUCCUCGGCGAGAAGGAGUCCUCCGCAAUUGACAUCGUCGCCAAUGACGCCACAAUCAAGCCCGAUGGCUCCGAGUGGAAGCCCAUCUGGCGCCACGACACCGAACUCGGCCACGACAAAGCCCUCUCCGUCAAUGAAGCCCGCGCCGCCGCCCAAGCCACCUGCCUUCCAGACGAAAUGCCCUUGAUCGUCUUCAUUGGCGACGGCGUGUCCGACCUGGCUGCUGCGCGCGAGGCCGACGUGCUCUUUGCCCGGCACGGCCUGCGACUGGAGGAGUACUGCCUCGAGCAUGGCAUCGCGUACACACCGUUCGACACCUUCGCCGAUAUCAAGCGCGAGAUUGAGGCCAUCAGCCGCGAGGAUCAGUCCAAGACCGGCGGUGUCGGCAAGCCCGUACGGUAUAACCCGCGCGCCAACAUGUGGCGGCGGAUUUCGUCGAAGGAGGCGGUGCCCACCCUCAUGGCUGCAGCUACGCCGUCAAAAGAGGAGAAGAUGUUCCUGUGGCCAGAAACCUUCUCGGAGUACAAGCCCAAGACGAUUCAAGAGGGCGACGAAACUGUGGCCGCGUAA